AUAUUAUUUUCCCUCCUCGCCCUCAACAUCACCGAAAAAAACUGACAUUUUCCUCUCUGUCCCAUCUCUCUUUUGACACGCACAGAAAAGAGCCACCAAAAUAAAAGGAGGAUUUGUAACUGGGUGAGAUUUAAAGUCCUCAAAUUUGGUGAUCUCUGAUUUGGAUUUUUUUUCUUGAAAAAAUCGAAAAUGGUGAGUUUGGGAGAGAUAUUAAAACACCCAGAUGAUUUAUACCCACUAUUGAAGCUGAAAAUGGCUGCUAAACAUGCUGAAAAACAGAUCCCGUCUGAACCUCACUGGGCUUUCUGUUAUUCCUUGCUUCAUCGGGUCUCUCGUAGUUUUGCUCCCGUUAUUCAACAGCUUGGCACAGAACUCCGUAACGUUGUGUGCAUUUUUUACUUGGUUCUUCGAGCCCUUGACACUGUUGAGGAUGAUACAGCUGAAAGCUCGUUACAUAGGGAGGUGAGAAGAUCCUCUCCUGGGGGCUCCCCUACUUCCCCUUCAAGUGGUAUUCAAGAGAGGAGGUAUAAUCGGAGUCCCCACUCUGUUCCAGCAAGGGAGAGAAGGAUGUUGCCUCAGACUCCCAACGAUGACAUCCCCGGCAACAUCUGUGCCGGAAGUGGAAUUCGUGGCUCGCCACUAACCUGGAGAGUACGCUGCCCAGAUGCCUCUUCCGGAUGA